CUGCCACUUUGACUCGAACGCUAUACCAGCAGGACGUCGAUAUAUCUAGAGGAUACGGGUUUCAUACAGAAUACUCGUCUCGCAAGCAAGAUGAACUCGGAUCAGGAGCUGUAUCAUAUCUUGGAAGCCACCCAGCAAGCGGAUCAAGCGAUUCGAAAUAAUGCUGAAAGCAGCUUAACCUCAUUUCUGGCUCGACCAGAUGCCGGCCUCAGCCUCUGUCGAGUUGCCCUUAGUCAAGAGGCGGCUCAUCCGAUCAGACAGAUGUCUGCUCUUGUGCUGAAGAAAUACGUCAAUCAAUACUGGUCGGCGAUCUUUCCGCAGUUCAUCGGACCAAUGACCGAUGCAGAGGUCAAGCGUCAGAUUAGGACCCUAUUGUUGCAAGCACUCGGAGAGCCCGACUCGAAGAUACGCAUCGCCAUCGCUUUUGCGUUGAGCAGCAUCGCCAACUCCGACUGGCCGAACGACUUUCCCGAGCUGCUCCCAGGACUUUUCACGAUCUUGAACAGCAACAAGGAUCAAAAUGCUGUCCAUGGAGCGAUGAGAGUUCUGGCCGAGUUUGUCCGAUCCGACAUUAUGGAAGAGCAGCUGCUGGACCUCCUGAGAGAAAGCAUGCCGGUUCUCUUGGCGGUACUACGCUCUCCAGAGACGACAUUCAGCACCAGGAGUCAUUGUAUCAAGAUCUUCAGAACCAGUAGCAAGACUCUAUAUUCAAUGAAGGACGAACACCCCGCCGUGGUUACGCAAGCGAUGGAAGCGGUAUUACCUGCUUGGAUUGCCGCUAUCGGCGAAGUCUUGCAAAGAGAUUUGAAUGAUGAACUGAGUCGGGACACCAACUGGGAUGGUAUCAACACGCGGAACGAAAUUUUCAGGACCUUGACAGUACUGCAAGCCUCGUUUCCCCGUGUCCUUCAGCCACAUCUAGCCUCCUUCACGCAGCUAUCGUUAUAUCACCUAACGACACUCGCACCUCACUUGCACGCCUAUUACCUUUCGACUUCUGCCUCUGCCCCAGAGCCCCCCUCAGACCCCAACCCUGAAGACGGCCAAAAUGCUGGAAUCGUCGACCUGGGUGCUAGCAUCCUAGACUUCUUGACCGGAAUCAGCCGCGCCAGGAGCCUUCGAAGCGUUAUGGUCACGAAGGACGAAGGUGCCGGUCCCAGCCAUGGGUCAGGUGCGGCUAUGAGUAGAGAAAAGCCAACUCAGGUCCUUGAAAGUCUUGUGUAUGAGAUUCUCGGAUGGACGCAGAUUACGCGAGAGGACGCUGAAGUAUGGGCAGAAGAUCCCAAUGCUUUCGUGGCGGACGAGGACGACGAAGCUGAUGCUUACAGUUUGAGAACUGCUGGUUUCGAUCUGCUUGGUUCGCUCCUGGAUAAAUUCGAAUCCACGGUCGCCAAGGUCCUGCAGAUCACCUACCGUCGCCGGAUGGAAGAAUCCAAUCAACUGCAUCAGAGCGGGGACCAAGAUUGGUGGAAGCCCCUGGAGGCUGCUCUUGCCUGUGUAGGAUCCGUCGCCGACGCUUUGCUGGACAUGCGAGACGAAGAGAGCAACGAAGGCGUGACUGAGAGCUUUGAUCUCGAGAAUCUCUUCAAGGAAGUGGUGCCGAACUUGCUCAAUUCGUCAGAUUCGCCGUUCCUGCAAGGUCGCGCUUUCGUAUUUGCUAGCCAAUACGUCUUGACGUUGGCGGAGACGGGUAUCAGCAAGCAGUACCUGGAAGCUGCGGUGCAAGCGCUCGAAGCACCUGGUGUCGAAAGCGUUGUGAAGAUCUCGGCUAUCAAGACAAUCAGGAACUUCUGUCGUUAUAUCAAGCCAGAAGAGCUCCAACCUCUUUCGCUACGAAUCAUUGGCGAUUUAGGCCCUUACCUGACGGAAGCCACGGAAGAGACUUUGGCUCUUGUCCUCGAAACGAUUCGAGCUGUUAUUGGAGUCGAUGGGAGUAUACUCGAUGAGAGCAGUACCCAACAACUGGUGAACGCUAUCUUGCAGGUCUGGGGUACAAACGCGAGAGAUCCCGUUCUGACGGCUAUAGUAGAAGAGGUGUUCGAGACGAUUGCUUCAUCACCAUCGCAAGCUGUGUAUGACAGUCUGAUCUCAACAGCUAUGCCGCCGCUCUCGGGCAUCCUCACCAAGCCUCCUUCGCUAGAGGACAUGUCGUCAGCAUCGGUUGCGGUGGAGCUAGUGAACGCUAUCAUGCGUGGACGAAAGACAGAUCUUGGCGAACAGCUUGGACCAAAUAUCUGGCCAGCUCUUUUCCAUUGUAUGCUCACCACAGAAGACAGUGACACUGUGCAGUACGGAUGCAAUGCCCUCACAACCUUUGUCAGGAAAUCCGGACCCCAGUUUUUCGCUUGGCAAGAUGCUAGCGGAAGGUCGGGACUUGAUGCUGUCUUGGCUGUCUUGGCGCGACUCAUCGAUCCGUCGUUUUCCGAAUCGGCCGGUCUCUGCGUAGGGGAUCUGGUUUUGCACCUCCUCCGAAAUGCUGGACAGCAUCUCACAAAGACCGUGCCGAGCCUGUUGGAUGCGCUCGCAAGAAGGAUAGCGGUAGCGCAGAGCACAAUCUUCACUCAGACGUUGUGUUUACCCUUUGCAUACCUCUUGACUGUCGAGCUAGACUUGACGCUGGACCUCCUUGAGGGCAUGACUAUCGCCUCACCUUCUCAAGAGUCUGCAAAUCGAGUGCAAUCCGGUCUCGAGGUUGUCCUGUGCUCCUGGUGCAACGACGCCGUGGACACAGUGCAAGGGAGCUACAGUAUCCGCGUCAAUGAUAUGGCUAUGUCCAACCUCUUGGCAUGCGAGCGCCCAUCCGUUCGCGCGCUGAUGGUUAAAGGGGAUAUGGUCGUCGACGAGGAGAAUCGUAACACGAUCAUGACUCGAUCACGUACACGAAACAACCCUCACAGGUUCGAGAUGAUCCCUUUCCACCAGCGAGCUUUGAAAUACCUUCUAGCGCAGCUGCAGAACACGGAAAUUGCCGAAGCCGAGAAUGCGCAAGACGUCGAUAUCGCCCCUGAUGACGGCGAUGACGAUUGGGAGGAGGAGGACGACCUCACCAAGAACGAAAAGGAUGAGAUGGCUUGGCUGAGUGACAUGCUCGGUGGGGGCGGAGGCGGUGGCUGGGGCGACCUAGACGAUGAUCUCGAUGGACAAGACAAUGACGAAGAUUUGAUGGGCGACCAGAUCAUGCAGGUCGACAUGGGAUCCCACAUCACUUCCGUGGUGAGACAAGCAUAUGUCAAGAACGUGAAUGACGUGCAGGAUUUGUGCAACCGUCUCACAGACAUCGAGAAGGCUGUGAUGAGUCGCAAGGUCCUCUCGAUGUAAUGCAACUUUAGCUCUUGUCUUCAAUAGAUAUAUCGUAAAACCAUGCGAUUGAUCUGAAUGAUCUGAUGAGCGAUCAUAGCCGAUACGCUGCCUCAGAAGCUUAUCUGAUAAUGCGGCCGAACUCAACGAUCGACAGGGAACGCCAUCCCCGAAAUGGUCAGUCGCGAUCACUCGAGGUCGGUCGAUCGAGAAACGCGUCGCGACGCGAUUUGUUUUGUUUGUCGUCUAAAUUACCUUAUCAAAUAAAUGAUGGAUGGACUUGUCGGUCUUCGAUGCAUCAUCGGAGGUUGCUUAACGGAUACAUCGGACUCUUUCGUCGGGAUACCAAUUCGAUAAAUACUGCCUGUAUACCCGUGGGUACAUAGAAUCUGCGUCGAAAGAGACGAUCCGAGCGGUGGGCUUGUUGCUUGUUGAAUCCAUACUGUCAUUUUCUGAC